AUGGGAGGGCGUGUGGUAGGUGUCCUCCGCUUCAAUAGUGUAACCAAUAAAGCGGCCGUAGUUGGAGGUGAUUUGGAUGCUGAUGUGGUGGAGAUAGCUGCUGUCUUAGGGGUAGCGUAUGCGUUGACCAUGGGGCAAAUUCAGGAGUUCCAGAAAGGGCACAAGGGUGGUCAAACUGACGAUCGGACUUAUAAGGAAGAUGUUUUGCCUCGGGCCCACUCGGAGAUACGCUAUGCAGCCCAACCCACACAAAAUCUUUCAGUAUCAGACCGUGUGGAAGAUUAUAGCGGGAGUAUGACUGUAGUGUUCCAGAGGGUAGAGGUGCUUUGGCUUAAGAGAAGGCUACCCCGUUCUAUGUUUGAUGUAUUGGGUGGUCAGAAAGUGGUGCCAACUUGGAAAAGUGGGAAGGGUGCAAAGCCAGCCCUUGUGUUAAGUUUGGUCUGGUCCUUCCCUAAAACAAAAGGCAAGCUAGAGCGCGGCAAGGCACAGCUGUGCCCUACGGGUACCAUGUACACGAAUUUGCUCCUAUAUGACAGUCCGUUCGAUGUCACCCCGGAUGAGGAGAGGAAUGCAGUCAUUGGAACCUUUACGACUUGUCUGGAGGCGGCGUCAUGGCAGACUGGGAUUAACACUUGUUGA